GCGGCGGUCGCCAUGGGCUGCAUCCACGGCGUCGCCUGCAACAAGUCGCGCGUCCGCAAGGAGAACGUGGUCGUGUGCGAGCUGGCGGCCGCCAUCGACCGCCGCCCCACAGCCGUGGAGGAGGACUCGGCCAUCGUGCUGCGCUACAAGACGCCCUACUUCAAAGCGUCCGCCCGGGUCGUCAUGCCGCCCAUCCCGCGCAAUGAGACUUGGGUGGUGGGCUGGAUCCAGGCGUGCACGCGCAUGGAGUUCUACAACACCUACGGCGACCUCGGCAUGUCGAGCUGGGAGCUGCCCGAGCUGCGCGAAGGCCUGGUGCGGGCCAUCAGCGACUCGGACGGCGUCAGCUACCCGUGGUACGGCAACACCACCGAGACGGUCACCAUCGUGGGUCCCACCUCCAAGCCGUCCCGCUUCACCGUCAGCAUGAACGACAAUUUCUACCCCAGCGUCACCUGGGCCGUGCCGGUGAGCCGAUCCGACGCGCCGGCGCUCACCGGCGUCAAGCGCGACCAGAGCUUCACCACCUGGCUGGUGGCGCUCAACGCCGCCUCCAGGGAGAAGAUCCUCCUGCGCGCCAUCAAGUGGCGCAUGCGCGUGGACAUCGCCGUGGACCCCGCCAGACCUCUGGGCUCCAGGGCCCGGCUGGUGGGCCGGGCGCACCAGGACCAGCCGCGGGUGCUGAGCCGCGCGGAGCCCAUCCCGGCCAACGCCAUGGGGAGGCCCAACGCCAACGACGCCCAAGUCCUCAUGUGGAGGCCCAGGAGGGGGCCUCCGCUUGUCGUCAUCCCGCCCAAGUAGACGCCCCUACCACAGCCCCUCGACCAUUUAUUCCAUAUCAGUCUUCAUGUCCGUGUACUAGUGCGCAAUUUCCCGUUACGAGUAAGAGAAUUCAACGCACUAAUAGAACGACUAUGUCUUACUCGGUAACUAGUGCCACUUUUGCUCUGUGAGUACGGUAAAUGCCUUUUCUUGCUUGAGCAUUCACUGUUGGCCUACUAGCACAUAAGGAAACCUUGCGAGUGCUGCACUAGUAACACUACCAGGCCCAACUGCUUUGCAUGCGUCACACACUAGUAGCCUCCCGGAACCAUUCUGAGCCACCCCUAUAAAUCUCAAAAGCUAGCAAGGCCCCCUGGUUUGAGUAUUUAAUCAUGUCGAUGCCCAUCUUAAGGUCCAUACACUAGUACACUCUUUCUCCUCACUAGUAAAACAAUAAAGCGCACUAGUAGAAGGACCAGUGCGCAGUAGCUGAACAAUUGUCUGUUUUUUCCACUACUCGUGCCACUUUCGAUCUUCCAGUACACAAUUAAACUACUGUACUGCACUAAUAACACCGCGAGGCAUGUGUGUCACACACUAGUAGCCUCCCGGAACCCACGAGUAACACGAAAAUGAUUAAACAGCAUUCCGUAAAACCCCCAAAAAUCUUGUCAAGCCUUCCGGCAAAAUAUUUCGCCAUACAUUUUUAUACACCCCCACCUCCCCAAAACAAAUAUUGAUCUCUUAAAAAAAAAAAAAAAAAAAAAAAAUUCACACACACCCCAAAGAUUACAUUUUGGGGCAAAAUAUUAUGCCAUCACCACACCCCACCCAACAGACUUCUUAAAGGCUAAGCCACCCUAAAUCUCAAAAGCUAGCAAGGCCCCUGGUUUGAGUAUUUAUUUAAUAAUGUUGAUACCCAACUAAAGGUCCAUACACUAGUACACUUUUUAUCCUCACUUGUAAGACAAUUCAGCGCACUAGUAGAACGACCAGUGCGCAGUAGCUGAACAAUUGUCUAAUGUAUUUUCCACCACUCGUGCCACUUUAGAUCCUCGACUACACAAUUAAACUGCUGUACCGCACUAAUAACACCACGAGGCAUGUGUCACACGCUAGUAGCUUCCUGGAGCCGAAUAGUCGAACGAAAAGUUUUGUCUCUCCAGUAAAAUAGAAUUGUGUUACCAUUGUGCAGAAAUGUCGUGGAAAACCUUUCUCAGUGAGCUGUUCUACUAGUGCUCUGAAUUGUUUUACGAGCGAAGACCAAGAGUGUACUAGUGCGUGUACCUGAAAGCUCCAUAUGAAGAAUGCCUUAAAUCCUCGCGGCUACCUUGCGUGAUCUGAAAAGCAUCACGGCCUCGACUUCGGCACAACCGAACAUCCGGUUUUCCGUAGUGCUUAUUUGGGGUCACAGGACUUUAGGCAAGAGGUCGGCGACACCAUGGACUGGUCGCCGGCCAUACGCGGGGGAGACGACACCGAUCCAGUUUGUAAUAAGUCAGCCUUAAAGAAGCCAAUCGCGAUACGUUUCCAUCGGGCCCCGCGGUGUCCGCUUGCUGCUUUGUUACACGAGACUGCCUCAAACGCCACUCGGACCGGACACGGCGUCGGACUUUACUGUGUUCCUUUGUUUCUUUCUGUUAUCGUUUACAGCCCGGGGAAUUGCGAGUCGCAAUGCGCCGUCGUCCGUCGUUAGCCUAGCGGGGUUGCGACACAAACAACGGAAUGAAAAUCGGAAAGCGGAGGUACGACGUGUUAGCGCACGCUGUCCGUGACCUCAAACGCGGGAGCGCCACGACCCGAGGACCCCUCUCGUUUACAUAUUAAAAAGUAUUGUGAUGAUUUCCUUGUACCUGCGUUUCGUUUCGGUCAACAACUUGAGGAUGUUACGUUUGUCCCAAUUUUGAGCUCGCCCGACUGGUGUUUAUAUGUAUGUGUAUGCACGUAUCAUAUCAGAACUGACUGAAAAAUUUCAUGUUUACACUGGAAAAAAAAAAAAAAAUUACCUCAAUGAGUGACUGUACUGUGAGGGCUUCGGUUGGUACUAUGAAGUACACACUUCAGCCCCUCCCGCUAUUGAAAGUCAUUUUUUUUCCAUUUAGUUAUUAUUGUAAAUGUCAUUCAUAAUGAGGUUGAUUGCAACCGUAUUUAUUAAAAGGAAGGCCUUGUACACAUUUAAUGGAUGAGAAUGAUUUGUUUUAAAGGAGUUUUUUUUGGAACUAAAUAUGUAUAAAUAUGUACCGGCUACAAUUCGGUGUCUAGAAUGCACCGUCUGUACCACCGCGCAGGGUUACUUCAGGUCAGAACC